CCUCCAUCCGCGUGUCGAGAACGUCCAUGGUUGCUCCUCCCGUCAACGGCGGAUCCGCCUAUUUCUAGCCAUUUCUGCCACCUUCCCCUCCCAAUCUCCCCCUUUCUCCUUCUCCUCCUCGUCCUCCCUUCUGCACUUCGCUUCGAUCUUCUUCGUUUCCUGGCCUCCGACUCGCCCUGUUAGGGAUCGGGGCAAAUUUGGCAGAUUGAGACAGGGGCUGAAACCAGACGAGGAUUAAGGAGGGCUGUUUAAAUCACUCUGGAAGUCACUGAGAUACCAUUCCCUCGCACCUUGCAAAAGGUGCGGGCUUGGGAGGAUGCACUUUUCCCUCUCAUCUCUAUUCCAAUUUGCACUCUUCUACUCGUCAGGAUUCUCUGUCAUAUCAUAAAGGGAUCUCCAAUCGAUAAUGGCUAACCAGUGAAUACGGUUCCAUGGAAAUAGACCACUUUAUUCUUAUCUGCUAAUCUUCCUCUUUAGAUGUUUAGAGUUUGGUAGGUGUUCUCCAGAAUUAUAGGUAACUAUAGUUGUCAACUGAAAAAUGGCAUUGAUCGGUUGCCUCUCUGCUCUUUGGGUUGGAAAGAAGAGGUCCAAGAGAUUGCAGAAGGAAAUCCAUUCUAAAAAGGAAAACAUCAUGGGAGAUCCACCACUUAAGUCAGAAGUUACUUUCUAUGAAUCCCUCCAAACAUCUAUCAAGGAUGCAUCUUUCAGACACUCUGAUCAAAUAGAAACCAAUGCAACUAGAAAAGGUUCUGCUGAACAGAAAUUGCUUGGGGUUGAAAAAAUGAUGAGAACUCUCUCCAAAUAGACGUGGCAGCUGAAUCAGCUUAUGAGGGAGGUGAUGAACAUGAUGAGAUCACGUCAUUUAAAAGGGAUUUUUCUGAACUUGAUUUGCAGGCCCUGGCAGAAAAAGAUGAGACCAAUUCCUAUGGUUUGAACCAAAAACUGAUCAAUGAACCUGACAACCAAUCUGAGAAAGACGAGGGAAUAACACCUGAAUUAGUGAUCCAGAGUGGGCAUGUAAGUGAUCCAGGGAUGGGCUGCACUAACGCUUUUUGGGGAUGUCCAAUAUUGAAGCGGUCAUGCUCUAAUAUUGAGACGAAGAGAUCUAGUAAACAUUUUAUGUCCCCAGCCAAGUCCCAUUCAUAUGAUGACCUCAAAAACUUGCCUGGAAAUUUCCCUGAAGAACAACAAAAGGAUAUCCUCGGUAGCCCUACAUCAGUAAUAACUUCUUGCAGUGCUGAUAAAGUAAUGCUAAAGAAGAGAUCUUCGAGCCAGGUACUUCCUUCAAGAAGUAGGAAGGUUUGGUGGAAGCUUUACCUAUGGAGCCACAGAAAUCUUCAUCAGAACUGGUCUCUGGAACCUCAUUGGAGUGCUUCCAUCAAUCAUAAAUCCAACCAGAAGGAUGGUUACUGCUCUGAUACAGUAGGACCCGGUGGGGGAACUGAUUUGAAGAACAAGAAAGUUGUGGAAGAGUCUGAGAUUAAGUUUAGGAAUGAUGUAUGGCCUCCAAACCAGUGGGUUGCUUUUUCAGCAGAAUCUUCUUCUUUAGAUAGAGUGGGCGCUUGGGUACAUAGUCUUGAUGAUUCUCCAUUAUGCCCAAUUGAGUAUGAGUAUAAUGGAGAUGAAAUUGCACCUGAGUCUGCUACUCCCCCAAGUUUUCUAGACAUUGGAGAAUCAUCCAUAAAAAACAACACUCGAGGUGGUCGGCAUGGACUGGAAGACAUCUUGCAGGCCAACAACAUUAUACAAUCCCUUCCUCCUUUUUCUUCAGUUGUUCACAUAGCCAGCAUGGGCUUAAAGGUCAUACCCGCAAUUUCAGCUUUUAGUAGCCUCCGGUCAGUCAAUCUAUCUGGCAACUUCAUAGUUCACAUUUCACCAGGAUCUCUACCUAAGAGUCUUCAUAUGCUUGACUUGUCCAGGAAUAAGAUUGCUACAAUUGAUGGAGUUAGGGAACUGACAAAGCUUCGAGUUCUUAAUCUCAGCUACAACAGACUCUCACGAAUUGGUCAUGGGCUGUCGAACUGCACCAUGAUCAAGGAGCUGUAUCUCGCUGGAAACAAGAUAAGUUGCGUGGAGGGUCUUCACAGGCUUCUGAAACUUGCUGUUCUGGACCUGAGCUUUAACAAGAUAACAACGGCAAAGGCUUUGGGCCAACUAGUUGCCAACUAUCACUCUCUAGUGGCCCUCAACCUACUCGGUAACCCGAUUCAGAGCAACAUCGGAGAUGACCAGAUCCGCAAGGCGGUCUGCGGCCUCCUCCUACACCUUGCUUAUCUGAACAAGCAGCCCAUCAAGCCAGUUGGAGCCAGGGAGGUAGCCACGGAUAGCGUUGUAAAGGCGGCACUGGGAAACAGUAGCUGGAGUUCUCGUCGGAGGUCAACUAGACGAGUUGGUCAUGGUUCAAGUCCUUUAAUCAAGGGCACCGGCGAGGGUAGGAGCUUCCGAGGUGUCAUGCAUCCGCCACGGAUCAACAAAGACAAAUCAAAGAGCAGAGAUCAACACUUCACUUAUCGGAAAUGAUAGCAUACGAAAGCUUCUCGCUCUCGAUGUAAGAGUUUUGUUCGGAAUAAGCUGGAGAAGAUUGAACUGGUUGGCUCAAUCUAUAAUUUGCUUUCUAUUUAUACAAAUAGUAAUAAGCUGGAGAAGAUUGAACUGGUUGGCUCAAUCUAUAAUUUGCUUUCUAUUUAUACAAAUCUACUAUUUGUUUCUA